UGGUAUCCAAGAAUGUCUUCAUUGGUUGCACGGAAACUUCAGGACGCCGCAAUCGAAGAGAUCAGGCCGUUGCUACAGCUUAACCAUGUCACACCGGCUCGGGCGAAGGAAAUGCUGCGCAUGGGCCUGAAGACCAUUCGGGACGUUGCACUCGUGGACCCACCAUUACUUCUCUCUUUGGGAGUUACGAACAUGCCCAAAUGGACUGCAGUAGAGAUUGUAUCUGACGCUAGGCUGCACAUCAUGCAAGACGCACUUGAGCUAGCAGCCGAGAGUGAGGACUGCAGGGAUGCUAUUUCGAGAAGACCAGUGACCACCAGUGCAAUGUCGUAGACAGAGAUUGUGAGUGACCAGUAAUUGCUAUUUAAGGUCCUAGUUAUAAGAAAUUUGUCAUGAUACGUAUGAUGAAAACCCAUCCUGACGAGUUUGAAUAAAAGACCAGUACGAGUGGACUUUAAGUGAUAACUUUGACAGACCUGACUGGGACAGCGUCAUUAUGGUCUGUUUUGUAUUCCCCUUAUCGUUAUUGAAAAAGAAAUUGACAUUCGGGCAGUGAUUUGUGGUUGUAGCCUUUUCUGUAGUGCCUUUGCCUGAAUAUUGAAAUUGUGGUGUAACCAAAUUAAAUUGUGAAUAUUUGUAAGAAAUUUGGAGAUA